AGACUUUCAGCACAAAGUGGGACGAGUGGCGGUGGCAGAGUGCUGCAAAUUGUUCCGAGUAUUGAUUUAAGGGAGAAUGCAAUGGCAUUCCCAUCGAAGUAUUUAUACAAUAUGCAUGGCCAGGUGUCAAAACCAGACGGAUGUCCCAGGACAAGGAGGCCCAAGGCCCAAGGAGGAGUAGAAGGAGGAUUGCAUUGUGGAUUGUGGAUUGUUCGGGUUGUGCAUUUUAUGGAGGUUGCUGCCGCCUGCCCGACUGCCUGUCAUAUGGUAACACGACCUUAUAAAGGCGGUAACAGAACAGAACAGAGCAGGCAGAACACGUGUGUGGAUUACGGGAAAGGCCAGAAAUUAAAAAGCAAUCAAGGAAAUACCCAAAUGACACUGCCCCAUCAUCGGAACCUUGCCUCCUACCUCCUACCUGCGGUGUGGGUGGGUCACAGGUCAAGCGAGCGAGCACCAAGCAGGAUAAUCCCCUACCUGCAGCAGAAUAUAAACCGCUGUGAAAGGAGCAUCCAUCAUCAGUUGCACAGCAAUCUGCAAAGCUACAACACCUCGAAAAAUCACUCGAAUCAGCAACAGCCAUGGCCACCACCUACAUUUCCACGCAAUUCCUGAGCCUCAACGAGAAGGCAACGACCUCCACGACGACCUUUACCCUGGAUGCCGCCCGCUUUGGCCAGCGGGAUCUGAACCUGUUCAUCGAGAGCCUGGAGACCAUCUCCCGCCUGGAGAAGGAGCGACAUGAGCGCCGCCAGCGGAGGCGCCAGCUGAAGCUGCAGCAGGCACGCAUCGCCGAGCUGGAGGACGAGCGGUGUGUGAGUCCCACGCCCAGCACGGAGGAGGCCGUCGACGAGCCCCUGAUGUACAUGGAGGCCAAGUGCAUACCCUAUGCGGUGUCCGAGGCAGUGCCCACGGCCCACAAGGCCAGCCACCUGAACCCAGACUAUUACUCCUGCGACGAUGAGGCGUACGGCAGUGCUGCCCAUUCGCCAAGGAGCAGUGUGACCUACUGCUCCUGCGGAGGACUCUCCAGCAUCAACUCCGGAUCCUCAGAGUCCGGCAUCUACGGCGCCGUCUCCUCGUCGCCGCCGCCGCUGCGUCCACGCUCCCAGGUGAUCACACAGCCCAAGCACCGAUCCACUCGCUCCCGCAUCAUCAGCAUGGUCCUCAAGCGGGAGUACGUGAAGGCCCCAUCCGCCGAGGACCUGGAUCAGAAGGAGCGCUGCGAUCGGCUGCUCAAUGAAACCAUCCAGCACCAGUACUCCCAGCUGUCCAGCAAGUCCCGACGGGCCAUUGCCUGCAACGAGGGCUCCGCCGAGGAGCGCUUCCUGGACAAGGCACUGCGCUACCUGACCUUGUGAUUGUGAUUUCGGUAUCAGAAGUCAGCUCUAUGCCCAUAGUUUUUCAUACCCCUAGCCUAAGCCUUAGAUUUGUUUGUAAAACAUUUAAAUAAUUACAAAUUGAGAAAAGAA